GAGGGGGUCUGGAAAAGGAUGUGUUACUGUCACUGGGUGAAGACACGGAGGUGGUGUGGGGGUGAGGCUGAAGAGGAGCGUCACAGAAGACAUCCCGGCACGUUCUUCCCUGAGGAGGACCCCCAGGCCAGGGCAACCCGCUGAGUGCCACCCCGUCCCCAUUGUGUGUACCCAGUGGAAAGGCAGGGAAUGGCUCGUGGCACACUACUGACAAAGUCUACGUAAAUGAGAGUUCUGUCCUACUAGGCCCCAACUCCAAUCCCUUCUGUAGGGAUUGCUUUAGAAAGUAGAGAACCUAAGCCCCUAGGAAAUGUUUGGCCACCCUUCCCUAGGUGGGGAUGUGACCUUCUGGGACCCCAGAAAACAAGCACUGGUAAACACACAUACACACACACGCUCACGCACGUACGCACACCUGGAAGGACUGUGGGCUGGGAUCAGAGGAGCAGCAGAAUCAGAGGAGGUGAGAAGUUGAAGUCAAUGUGGUUGGAUAAACUUCCAACAGGUGACACCGCUGCUCCAAUUUCACAGGUAUCAUCCCACAUAUGCCUGAGGACAUCCUGAGGACAUCCUGAGGCCAUGCUAGAAUGAUCUCCAUUGGGCCGAUAAGACACGGACCAUCCCCGAGAAGCACAGUCGCGAAUCUGGGACCAGAAAGAGGUACCGGGGCUCUGGAUGCCAGAAACCCCAGUGCGCAGGAUUACUCAGAGGUUGGAGAGGUUUCCUUCACCCACGCUGGCGAUGCCUCAGGAUGUUUUCCAGGACGUCACAUAAGGGUAUGAACAUCUCACCCAUGCCCGACAAUGAGAACCGCGAGGAAGGGACCAUCGAAGGAGGCUGGAUGCUACUGGUACAGCGAGUGGAGCACCUGGUACCUGCUGUCCUGGGUAGAGACCCCUCCUACCUCUUCACAUUCUUGAGCACGUACAGAGCUUUUGCUACCACCCAGCAGGUCCUGGAAAUACUGUUUAUGAGAUACGGAUGCUUCCAUUCGGAGGCUGAGGAGGAUGGCGGACCCCGGGAGCAGGAGAAACUGGCCAUCUCCUCCAUCCUGGGCACCUGGCUGGAUCACUACCCCGAGGAAUUUUUCCGGCCUCCAGACUUCACCAGCUUGAAGCUGCUGCGGGCGUAUGUGAGGGUCCACAUGCCGGGCUCCGAGCUGCAGCGCCGCGCCCGCCUUCUCUACUCAUGGCGGAAACACCCUUUGGCAGCAGCUCUAGAGCCCCGUCCAGACGUGCCUCGGGAGCGAGCCCCCGCUAUCUCUGUGGUGCCCACUGCAGCCUCGCAGCCCAGGCUGCCUGAAGCCACCAGUUCUCCUGGAGCUCAGCGCGUACGAGAAUCGGAGACCCUCACUGCCGCGUCCCCACCAGGGCAGGAGGAAUGGACCAUCGAAGGAGGCUGGAUGCUACUGGAACAGCGAGUGGAGCACCUGGUACCUGCUGUCCUGGGUAGAGACCCCUCCUACCUCUUCACAUUCUUGAGCACGUACAGAGCUUUUGCUACCACCCAGCAGGUCCUGGAAAUACUGUUUAUGAGAUACGGAUGCUUCCAUUCGGAGGCUGAGGAGGAUGGCGGACCCCGGGAGCAGGAGAAACUGGCCAUCUCCUCCAUCCUGGGCACCUGGCUGGAUCACUACCCCGAGGAAUUUUUCCGGCCUCCAGACUUCACCAGCUUGAAGCUGCUGCGGGCGUAUGUGAGGGUCCACAUGCCGGGCUCCGAGCUGCAGCGCCGCGCCCGCCUUCUCUACUCAUGGCGGAAACACCCUUUGGCAGCAGCUCUAGAGCCCCGUCCAGACGUGCCUCGGGAGCGAGCCCCCGCUAUCUCUGUGGUGCCCACUGCAGCCUCGCAGCCCAGGCUGCCUGAAGCCACCAGUUCUCCUGGAGCUCAGCGCGUACGAGAAUCGGAGACCCUCACUGCCGCGUCCCCACCAGGGCAGGAGGUACUCCCAACUCUGGCUGACAGUCAGGAGCUGGAAGAGCCACCUGCCCCUUUGGUGGCCCCAGAGCAUGAGCAGCCCCCAGCCCCAGCCGGCGGGGUCACGGAAGGGCUGGAGCAACCACCUCCUGCAGCUGAGCAACCAGCCUCAGCUCCCCAACAGCGGCUCAUGUCGGCUGCAGCCCCACAGGAUGAAUUCCCUGACCUUGUCAUUGCGUUCUUUGUCGUUUUAGUAGUGGGUAUAGAGGUAUUUAGUGUCCUUAUGUACUAUUGGUUUAUACUUAAAACAUAAAUUAAGUGUCAAAAAAUUUACUC